AUGCCGUACCAGCUCGUCAUCUUUGACUUUGACGGCACCCUGUUCGACACCUACGAUGCCAUCGAGCACUCCAUCCAGUUGACCUUCCAACGCCUCCUGCCCUCCCAUCCUCCACCUUCGUCCAGCGACAUUCGCCCGCUCGUCUCCACCGGCGCGCCUCCCGGGGACACCUUUCGCAGUCUACACCCCGAUCCCACCACCUUCGACGAGUCUCUCUGGAUCCCCACCUACCGCGAGCUGUAUGCUAUCCAUGGCCAAUCCCGUACGAGUCCCUAUCCCGCCGCUCGCGACGUCCUACAAGCCUUGCACGACCGGAAUCAACCCAUGGCCAUCAUCAGCAACAAAGCUGCGGUCGCAGUGAAGGCGGCCCUGGAGAAGACCGACAUGCUGCAGUUCUUUUCAGAUUCCCUCAUCCUGGGUCAUGGUGUGGCCGGCGUCCAGCGCAAGCCGGAUCCGUCCAGCUUCACAGACGUGCUCUGGCCGAACUGGAAGGCUCUCGGGGCGCCCGAUGCUGUGGAGGCGGAGCGCGUGCUGAUGGUUGGAGACACAUUGACGGACAUCCUAUACGCAAGAAACAUUGGAGCACAGGUGUGCUGGUGUCGGUACGGUCAGGGCGACGUUGAGGAGUGCCAACGGCUACAACCGGAUCACACUGCGGAGACAUUAGAAGAUGUGCUUAAGAUCGUGGAGGGCAGAUCGUGA